AUGCCAGGGACCUUACUGCCUCCUAGAUCUCAACGGCAUCACGCACAAAUGGAGCGAACAUCAGCAGCAGAGCCGGAUCUUUAUCUCAUCUCGAAUGAGGAUACGAUUUAUGAACAGGAUUUGUUCCGGGACCAGGGCAGCAUCAAGCCAUGGCUAUCCUACAUCGAGCACAAGCAACAAAGCGGGACGCUCUACGAGCAGUCUUUUAUUAUGGAGCGGGCUUGCAAGCAACUUCCGCGCUCUUACAAACUCUGGAAACUGUAUCUGGAGUUCCGGAUUAAUCACCUUCGCGGUCGCAAUCCUGCAAUCCAUCGCUCCGAAUAUCAGAAGGUAAAUGGCCUUUUUGAAAGAGCCCUUGUAUUGCUCAACAAGAUGCCUCGGAUAUGGGAGAUGUACCUCUCUUUUCUACUUAAACAACCGUUAGUGACAUACACCCGACGCUCAUUUGAUCGCGCGCUUCGAGCAUUGCCCAUCACUCAGCACAAUCGCAUAUGGCGGCUCUAUAAAUCGUUUGCAAAUUCCGUUUCUGGAGACACUGCGGUGCAAAUAUGGGGGAGGUAUAUGCAAGUUCAUCCUGAGAAUGCGGAAGAUUACAUAGAACUACUCGUGGAGUUGGGCCACUAUACAUCAGCAAUCAGGAAGUACAUGGAACUCCUCGACAACCCCAGUUUUCAAUCAACGAAAGGGAAAAGUCAUUUCCAGCUAUGGAGUGAGAUGGUUGAGCUUCUGGUGAAUAAGGCUAAGCAAAUUGAUACGAAAGUCAAUGGAGGAAUCGACGUUGAUUCUAUCAUUCGAAGUGGUAUCCAACGAUUCUCUGAUCAAAGAGGCAGGUUAUGGGUCGGCCUUGCUACGUAUUGGAUUACGAGGGGCAACUUCGAGAAAGCCCGAGAUAUCUUUGAAGAAGGAAUCACUACUGUCAUGACAGUCAGGGACUUCACGAUGAUAUUCGAUUCUUAUGUCGAGUUUGAAGAGUCUAUUAUUGGUACGCUCAUGGACCAAGCAGCAUUGCGGUCAAAGAAGGGCAAGGUCGAUGAAGAUGCAGACUUUGAUCUCGAUUUGCGUAUGUUGAGAUUCGAGCAAUUGAUGGACAGGCGUCCUUUCCUUGUGAAUGAUGUUCUUCUCAGACAAAAUCCGAACAACGUCGUUGAGUGGGAAAAGCGAGUUGCUUUAUGGGGUCAGAAUGCAGUCGAAGUCGUCAACACCUACACUGCUGCAAUUGCUGCGAUCAAUCCCAAAAAGGCCCACGGCAAAUUCUACGAAUUAUGGGUUAAUUAUGCGAAAUUCUAUGAACAGGGAGGGGAUCUUGAUACUGCACGAAUUAUUUUCGACAAAGCUGUCAAGGUUCCUUUCAAGACGGUAGCAGAGUUGGCAGAGACUUGGUGUGAAUGGGCUGAAAUGGAAUUGCGCAGCGAGAACUUCGACAGGGCUGUUGAUAUCAUGGCCAAAGCCACCCAAGCUCCAAAGCGGUCUACGGUGGAUUAUUUCGACGAAACUCUUUCACCUCAACAGCGAGUACACAAGAGCUGGAAACUUUGGAGCUUCUACGUGGACCUUGUUGAGAGCGUUGGCACUAUUGACGAAACGAGGAAAAUUUAUGACAGGAUCUUCGAGCUCCGAAUUGCCACGCCUCAGACCGUUGUUAAUUAUGCAAAUCUUUUGGAAGAAAACAAGUACUUCGAAGAGUCUUUCAAGGCCUACGAGCGUGGACUGGAUUUGUUCAGUUACCCUGUGGCAUUUGAGCUUUGGAACUUGUAUCUAACUAAAGCUGUGGACCGUAAGAUCAGCAUCGAAAGACUUCGUGAUCUUUUUGAGCAGGCGCUGGAUGAGUGUCCUCCUAAGUUCGCUAAGGUCUUGUAUUUGAUGUAUGGGAACCUGGAAGAAGAGCGUGGACUUGCUAGACACGCCAUGCGUAUUUACGAGCGUGCCACAAGAGCAGUCUCUGAUGAAGACCGAUUUGAGAUGUUCAACUUCUAUAUCACCAAGUCUGCAUCCAACUUCGGUCUGACAUCAACCCGACCGAUCUACGAACGUGCCAUUGCUGCUUUGCCGGAUAGCGAAGCCAAGGACAUGUGCCUCAAAUUCGCCGAGAUGGAGCGGAGACUUGGUGAAAUCGAUCGAGCACGCGCUAUCUAUGGACACGCUUCGCAAUUCUGCGACCCGCGGACGAAUGCUGGCUUCUGGCAGAAAUGGGAAGCAUUCGAAGUGCAGCACGGCAACGAGGAUACGUUCAAAGAAAUGCUACGCAUCAAGAGGAGUGUCCAGGCCCAGUAUAAUACCGACGUCAAUUUCAUUGCAUCCCAGGCCAUUGCUCGCAGUCAACAGCAGCGAACGCAGGAAGACGGAGAGCCAGGAGCAGCGGAAGAAGAAGAUCAGGAGCGGGCAGACGCCAUGGCGGCAUUGGAGCGACAGGCUCGUGCCCCCGUUGGAUUCGUUGCAGCCAGCACUGGACCCGAAGGUGGAAAUCGUCAUCCACCUGCAGGCCAGCAGCCUGCACCUCCAGCGAACGUUAAUCCAGACGCUAUCGACCUCAAUGACGAAGACAUGGACGAGUAG